AUGUGGACGCAGCUAGAGAAAUGUCCUCUCUACCACAUUAAACUGGUGAGAGAAAGACAAUUACAUAUAAUGGUCACGGAUUAUAUACGGAUAUGGGAAGCAUUUUAUUCAGAAAAUGACUUAAUAACAUGUCUCAAGGAAAGUAAUGAUGGAUUAGAGAUGGAUUUGAAUGAACUAUUGGAGAAAGGUAAUAAAAUGUUGACAUGCCCUAACGAUCUUGAAAGCAUUUGUGUUUUACCAUCGAAUUCUAGACUUGAAAUAACAAUGUUAAUGCUGUGUGGAUUUCCUUUCAACCUUAAAAUUUUAUUAUAUGAAGGUUCACCAGAACUAUUUUUUAAGAAUGUUACUCAACCAGCUAUAAGGACGGUUGAUGAUUUGAGGAGAAGCGAAAAACAACUACGAUUAACACUUAUAACUAAAGAUGAUGAAAUUGAACAAUACAAGAAAUUGGGAGGAAAAAUCAAAUAUACUGCCAUACCAGCUUAUAAUGAUGAAGCGCAUAUGAAGAAGCACAAUGCUUUUGAAGAAAACUUUGGUGAUACAGACAUAUCAGAGGACCUUCUGACUAAAGAAGUUUCACUUCCAAGUGAAAAUGUUAUAAAACAAGAAGCUAUUGAUGAAGUUGUGAAAACAGAACCAACAACUCAAUCGACAGAUAAUACUAAAAAUGAGAAUGAGGUGGCAACUAUAAAGGCUGAAAGCAUUAAGACAGAAACAAAAGUAAUAAAAAAUAAAAAGGAAAGGCUGCAAAUAAAAAGGAAAAAGCUUAAUAUUUAA